CACUAACAAACUUCAGAGUAUUUUCGUCUUUUAGUAUCCCCCACCACCACACACUGGGGCCCCGCCUUCUCGCUCCGGAAUGGCUUCACAAAGGAUUUGCCGACGUUUGGGAAUUCCGCCUAUAGCUCCUUUUUUACCGACACUUGUGCGCUGGAAUCGGCCCAGGAUGACCAAGGAUCCCACCCAUCUCGGUUAAUUUGACAACACAAAGGACUUCGCCGAACCCAAAAGAAACCGCCUACUAUUCCAAAUAAGGGUCGUCUCUCCAUGUACGGCAAACAAUCGGUUGGAGUGCCCUUUUCUCUUCCGUAUCCCGUUUAUAUGAUCGGGGAGACUGUGCUGCAAGUUACAGCGGUGCAAUCAUGGCGGAGCGAGUCCAGCAGCCCCCGGCCAAGCGGCUCUGCUGCAGGCCCGGCUACAACCCGGCAUGCAGACAGGGGCAGCGGGCUGGAGGAGUACUGUGUGGCGGUCCGGGGUCCGCUCCAGGGGGAUCGGGAAAAACACACAACCCCGAAUCGCUGCUAGACAUAGCGGCGCGGAGAGUCGCGGAGAAGUGGCCCUUCCAACGGGUGGAGGAACGGUUCGAACGUAUUCCAGAACCCGUCCAGAGAAGGAUCGUGUACUGGUCCUUUCCGAGGAGCGAAAAGGAGAUCUGCAUGUAUUCUUCGUUCAACGCCGGAGGAGAAGAGAGUGGAACUAUCGGGGAAAAUCAUGAAGAGACUCAGCUGCCUUUCCUACGGGGUGUCACUCUGCUGGAGGGCGGCUGGGUGGACAACGUACUGCAAGUCGGGUUUCAUCUGAGUGGCACGGUAACAGACCCGGCCACGUCCUCUCAGCCUGAGAUAAUCUGCAGCGUGAGCGUCAGCUUCGACCGCUGUAAGAUCACCGCAGUAACCUGUAGCUGCGGCAACAAGGACAUCUUCUACUGCGCCCACGUUGUAGCGCUGGCCCUGUACCGCGUACGGAAGCCCGAUCAGGUCAAACUGCACCUGCCCAUCUCAGAGACACUGUUCCAGAUGAGCCGAGAUCAGCUGCAGAAGUUUGUCCAGUACCUGAUAUCCGUGCAUCAUACUGAGGUGUUGCCCACCGCACAGAAACUGGCUGAUGAGAUACUGUCAACUAACUCCGAGAUCAACCAGGUCCACGGGGCCCCGGAUCCCACGGCAGGAGCCAGUGUAGAUGAUGAGAACUGUUGGCACUUGGAUGAGGAGCAGGUCCAGGAGCAGGUGAAACUCUUCCUCUCUCAGGGAGGAUACCACGGCUCUGGGAAACAACUCAACCUGCUGUUCAGUAAGGUGAGGGAGAUGCUUCGUAUGCGUGACUCCAACGGUGCCAGGAUGUUAACACUGAUCACAGAACAGUUCAUGGCCGACCCUCGCCUGGCACUGUGGAGACAGCAGGGCACCACCAUGACAGACAAGUACAGACAGCUUUGGGAUGAACUAGGUGCUCUGUGGAUGUGCAUCGUGCUAAACCCCCACUGUAAGACUGAGCAGAAGUGUUGGUGGCUAAAACAGCUGAGGAGGUGGAACAGCGUGGACGUGUGUCCCUGGGAGGACGGUAACCAUGGCAACGAUCUGCCCAACCUCACCCACUCCCUGCCUCAGGGUGCCCAUGGCAACCAAGAGUUGCGUCCCCACAGGACGGUGUUCACGCGGGCCAUCGAGGCGUGUGACCUCCAUUGGCAGGACCGCCACCUGCAGCACAUUAUCGCCAGUGGCCUCUACGCCAACUAUUGUUACCACGACAACCAGGACGGCUCGCUCUUCGACACACGCGGAUGGCCCAUGUGGCACGAACACGUUCCGACGGCGUGUGCUCGGGUGGACGCCCUGCGUUCCCAUGGUUACCCCCGUGAAGCGCUGCGAUUGGCCAUUGCCGUGGUGAAUACACUACGGCGGCAGCAGCAGAGGCAGCUGGAGCAUUUCCGCAGACAUAAGAAAGAGCUGCUCCAUAAAGGUAUCACCUCCAUAACCAACAUGGAGGGCUGGGUGGGUCACCCUCUAGAUCCCAUCGGCACCCUGUUCAGCACCCUCACUGAGACGGGACGGGGGGCAGAGGAGGGGGCCAACACAUGCCUUGACCUUUCAGACUGUUCCAGCGUGGUGAGUCAUGCGGAGCUGCAGCGGUUUCCAGUGCAGCGUUUGCUAGGCGAGGGGGAAUCAUACGUGGCGCUGGCCGUAGAGACUGCUCUGAUUGGCUUAGGCCAGCAGAGGGUGAUGCCUGACGGGCUGUAUGCCCAGGAGAAGGUGUGUCGCAAUGAAGAGCAGCUAUUAGCCAAGCUGCAGGAAGUGGAGCUGGAUGACAUGCUGGUCAAGAUCUUCCGCAAGCAAGCAGUCUUCCUGUUAGAGAGUGGGCCGUACAGCGGCCACGGAGAGAUUGUCCACAGAGAGAGUGUUCCCAUGCACACCUUCACCCGCUACCUCUUCACCUCUCUCCUACCUCACGACGCUGAACUGGCGUACAAGAUUGCACUCAGAGCCAUGCGGUUGCCUGUGUUGGAGUCCACAGCCUCGUCAGGUGACCUGUCGCGACCCCAUCACAUGGUGUCUGUGGUCCCUAACCGUUACCCUCGCUGGUUCACACUCACCCACAUAGAGUCCCAGCAGUGUGAACUGGCCUCCACCAUGCUCACUGCAGCCAAAGGUGAUAGUCGUAAGCUGGAGACUGUACUAGAGUCCAUCCAGAAGAACAUCCAUUCCUCAUCUCACAUCUUUAAACUGGGCCAGGAUGCCUUCAAGAUCGCUACUCUGAUGGACAGCCUGCCAGACAUCACACUGCUCAAAGUCUCACUGGAGCUGGGGCUGCAGGUGAUGAGGAUAACCUUGUCUACGUUAAACUGGAGGAGGAGGGAGAUGGUACGGUGGUUAGUUACCUGUGCCACUGAAGUAGGGGUGUAUGCGUUGGACAGCAUCAUGCAGAGUUGGUUCACCCUCUUCACCCCGACUGAGGCCACCAGCAUCGUGGCCACCACCGUCAUGUCCAACACCACCAUCGUCCGGCUGCACCUGGACUGUCACCAGCAGGAGAACCUGGCCUCUUCCGCCCGGACCCUGGCCCUGCAGUGUGCCAUGAAGGACCCCCAGAACUGUGCCCUCUCCGCCCUCACGCUCUGCGAGAAGGACCACAUAGCCUUCGAGACGGCCUACCAGAUUGUUCUGGAUGCGGCCGCCACGGGGAUGAGCUACACACAGCUGUUCACGAUAGCCAGGUACAUGGAGCACAGGGGGUACCCUAUGAGGGCGUACAAGCUAGCCACGCUAGCCAUGGCUCAUCUAAACCUCAGCUACAACCAGGAUACCCACCCAGCCAUCAACGACGUGCUGUGGGCCUGCAAUCUGAGUCACUCGCUAGGAAAGAACGAGCUGGCCGCCGUCAUCCCCCUGGUGGUGAAGAGUGUGAAGUGUGCCACGGUGCUGUCGGAUAUUUUGCGGCGGUGCACACUGACCACACCGGGGCUGGUGUCCUCACUGCACAGCCGUAGGAACUCUGGGAAGCUGAUGUCACUGGACAAAGCUCCUCUCAGGCAGCUGCUGGAUGCUACCAUCGGGGCCUACAUCAACACCACGCACUCUCGCCUCACGCACAUCAGCCCACGCCACUACAGCGAGUUCAUAGAGUUCCUGGGGAAGACCCGGGAGACGUUCCUCAUGGCCCAAGAUGGACACAUCCAGUUCACACAGUUCAUAGACAACCUCAAACAGAUCUAUAAGGGAAAGAAGAAACUCAUGAUGCUGGUGAGGGAGAGGUUCGGCUGACCAGGGUCGGCCUCUAGGGAUAGGUUCGGCUGACCAGGGUCGGCCUCUAGGGAUAGGUUUGGCUGACCAGGGUCGGCCCCUACGGAUAGGUUCGGCUGACCAGGGUCGGCCCCUACGGAUAGGUUCGGCUGACCAGGGUCGGCCCCUACGGAUAGGUUCGGCUGACCAGGGUCGGCCCCUAGGGAUAGGUUCGGCUGACCAGGGUCGGCCCCUAGGGACAGGUUCGGCUGACCAGGGUCGGCCCCUAGGGACAGGUUCGGCUGACCAGGGUCGGCCCCUAGGGACAGGUUCGGCUGACCAGGGUCGGCCCCGAGGGGGAGGUUCGGCUGACCAGGGUCGGCCCCGAGGGGGAGGUUCGGCUGACCAGGGUCGGCCCCGAGGGGGAGGUUCGGCUGACCAGGGUCGGCCCCGAGGGGGAGGUUCGGCUGACCAGGGUCGGCCCCGAGGGGGAGGUUCGGCUGACCAGGGUCGGCCCCGAGGGGGAGGUUCGGCUGACCAGGGUCGGCCCCUAGUACUUUUAUAUUAACUUGAGUCUGCCUUUUGAACUUCUUUGGACUUAAACAUGGACAAGUAAAGAGUUGGAAGACAAAGCAAAAGAAGAAGGAAAAAACUCUUUCCAGAGCCACACAGUAUUAUCAUUCUUGCUGUUAUUGUUAUAAACAUUAUUACUAUUAUUAUUAUUACUGUGUACAGUACUAUGUGUUUUAUUUUCAGAAGAGGAAAUGUCACGUUGUGAAUGUUGCGUGUGUUUUUCCAUGUGUGUGCGAGAGGAAAAAGCAGAUAACAGAAAUGUUUAUUAUUAUUAGCAUCCCCCUGUUUUAUAUCUUGGUUUUAUACUGAGUAUAUGUCAAGUGGCUUAAAGUCCCUUGUGCGAAAGCGCUUGUGUAAAAACACAUUGGCAGCCUCAAAGAGGCACUAUGGCUUUAAAACCACACAGACCUGACUAUUGGAAGCACUGCACAGCUCGGCUCCAUGAGAAAACCACCAUUUAGUAUUUCUGUUGACUCGUCACUUGUGUUUUCUCUGUGUCAUAGGUAUUAGUUAGAUUCUAGUUUUGGAAAAAUAGUCUUAACAGACUGGUGUUGUUUCAGAUGCAGUAAUCAUAACUAUCUGUGUUAGAUUAAGAACAACAAUGCAGGACUACAGUAAUGGCACAUGGGCCGUAAGAUGAGGAUAUGGAGUAUUAUCAAGAGUACCAGCAUUGUAUGUAUUAUGCCAGAAAUAUCCCACACUGUAACAACAAAUCAUGUUUACAGUAAAGUUUAGAGUAAUGUACCGUUAAACAAAAGUUUCUUUGGAAUUCAUGGUAACCUUUUUUACAGUAACUUACAGGUAACUAACUGGCUGCCAGUAAGUUACCGUAAAAACAACAGUAUAUAUAUAUUUUUUUUUUUACAGUGCACAAUUUACUUAAAACCAACAAACCUGUAAUUGUGGGUUAGUUACUGGUUCAAGUCUUAGGACUUGACAAGACUAACCUUCACAAGACUAGCCGGGUUACCUGACUGUUUAUGUAUUCACAAAACUAACCUUCACAAGACUAGCCGGGUUACCUGACUGUUUCUGUAUUCACAAAACUAACCUUCACAAGACUAGCCGGGUUACCUGACUGUUUAUGUAUUCACAAAACUAACCUUCACAAGACUAACCUGGUGACCUGGCUGUUUCUGUGUUCACAAGACUAACCUUCACAAGACUAGCCGGGUUACCUGACUGUUUAUGUAUUCACAAGACUAACCUUCACAAAACUAACCUGGUGACCUGGCUGUUUCUGUGUUCACAAGACUAACCUUCACAAGACUAGCCGGGUUACCUGACUGUUUAUGUAUUCACAAGACUAACCUUCACAAAACUAACCUGGUGACCUGGCUGUUUCUGUGUUCACAAGACUAACCUUCACAAGACUAGCCGGGUUACCUGACUGUUUAUGUAUUCACAAGACUAACCUUCACAAAACUAACCUGGUGACCUGGCUGUUUCUGUGUUCACAAGACUAACCUUCACAAGACUAGCCGGGUUACCUGACUGUUUAUGUAUUCACAAGACUAACCUUCACGAGACUAACCGGGUUACCUGACUGUUUAUGUAUUCACAAGACUAACCUUCACGAGACUAACCGGGUUACCUGACUGUUUCUGUAUUCACAAGACUAACCUUCACAAGACUACCCGGGUUACCUGACUGUUUCUGUAUUCACAAGACUAACCUUCACAAGACUAGCCGGGUUACCUGACUGUUUAUGUAUUCACAAGACUAACCUUCACGAGACUAACCGGGUUACCUGACUGUUUCUGUAUUCACAAGACUAACCUUAAGAAGACUAGCCGGGUUACCUGACUGUUUCUGUGUUCACAAGACUAACCUGGUGACCUGGCUGUUUCUGUAUUCACAAGACUAGCCGGGUUACCUGACUGUUUCUGUAUUCACAAGACUAACCUUCACAAGACUACCCGGGUUACCUGACUGUUUCUGUAUUCACAAGACUAACCUUCACAAGACUAGCCGGGUUACCUGACUGUUUCUGUAUUCACAAGACUAACCUUCACAAGACUAGCCGGGUUACCUGACUGUUUCUGUAUUCACAAGACUAACCUUCACAAGACUAGCCGGGUUACCUGACUGUUUAUAUAUUCACAAGACUAGCCUUCACAAGACUAGCCGGGUUACCUGACUGUUUCUGUGUUCACAAGACUAACCUGGUGACCUGGCUGUUUCUGUAUUCACAAGACUAGCCGGGUUACCUGACUGUUUCUGUAUUCACAAGACUAACCUUCACAAGACUAGCCGGGUUACCUGACUGUUUAUAUAUUCACAAGACUAGCCUUCACAAGACUAGCCGGGUUACCUGACUGUUUCUGUGUUCACAAGACUAACCUGGUGACCUGGCUGUUUCUGUGUUCACAAGACUAACCUUCACAAGACUAGCCGGGUUACCUGACUGUUUAUGUAUUCACAAGACUAACCUUCACAAGACUAGCCGGGUUACCUGACUGUUUCUGUGUUCACAAGACUAACCUGGUGACCUGGCUGUUUCUGUGUUCACAAGACUAACCUUCACAAGACUAGCCGGGUUACCUGACAGUUUAUGUAUUCACAAAACUAACCUUCACAAGACUAGCCGGGUUACCAGACUGUUUCUGUGUUCACAAGACUAACCUUCACAAGACUAGCUGGGUUACCUGACUGUUUCUGUAUUCACAAGACUAACCUUCACAAGACUAGCCGGGUUACCUGACUGUUUCUGUGUUCACAAGACUAACCUUCACAAGACUAGCUGGGUUACCUGACUGUUUAUGUAUUCACAAGACUAACCUUCACAAAACUAACCUGGUGACCUGGCUGUUUCUGUGUUCACAAGACUAACCUUCACAAGACUAGCCGGGUUACCUGACUGUUUCUGUAUUCACAAGACUAACCUUAAGAAGACUAGCCGGGUUACCUGACUGUUUCUGUGUUCACAAGACUAACCUGGUGACCUGGCUGUUUCUGUAUUCACAAGACUAGCCGGGUUACCUGACUGUUUCUGUAUUCACAAGACUAACCUUCACAAGACUACCCGGGUUACCUGACUGUUUCUGUAUUCACAAGACUAACCUUCACAAGACUAGCCGGGUUACCUGACUGUUUCUGUAUUCACAAGACUAACCUUCACAAGACUAGCCGGGUUACCUGACUGUUUCUGUAUUCACAAGACUAACCUUCACAAGACUAGCCGGGUUACCUGACUGUUUAUAUAUUCACAAGACUAGCCUUCACAAGACUAGCCGGGUUACCUGACUGUUUCUGUGUUCACAAGACUAACCUGGUGACCUGGCUGUUUCUGUAUUCACAAGACUAGCCGGGUUACCUGACUGUUUCUGUAUUCACAAGACUAACCUUCACAAGACUAGCCGG